AUGAAUAAUUUGGAAGUCAGUAAGACGAGUGUGAAUGUGAAUAAUAAGGAAUUUGAGGAGGCUGAAGCGUUGAAUGAUAAGAUAGAGAAGCAGCAGAAGGAAAGAACAGUUAAUUAUAACAAAAUUUUCCUUGAAACAUUUACUGAGAGAACUGAAGAAGAGGAAGUGUUUAACGACUAUGAAACAAGAAAAUUAUUCGGAAUCCUUGAACUUGAUUUUAGAGAUGAAAGAUGCUCUAAGUUCUUGAAAGAAAUAAUUGCUAAGAAAAUCCCUCUCCCAGACCUAAGACUUCUUUCUUUGAGAUAUAUUGAAGAAGAUGACGAGGAUCUGAAGACUGUCAUGACUAAUAUCGUUGUGAAGGUCCAAAGCUUGUUCUUUAAUAACCACGCCAAGACUAAAUAUAGAAUUAAGAAGAUAGACAUAGGAAAUUAUAUAGAAGAUGUGAUAAACAUCCUACCUAAGGUUACCAAAGAUGUGUAUUUCUAUUACAUGAAGAUCAACGGGAGACAACUCUCAAGUAUUAUCAAGAAUUCAUCUCAUGUGACUAGAAUUGGUUUUAUUAAAUGCAAGAUAAGCAUAACUAGUUCGUCAUUGGACUUCAGUAAACCUAUCUAUAAAGACGAAGACAAAUACUCAAUUAAAUCACUCAACUUCAAAGGCUGCGGUGAUGGAGUAAGAGGUGGAAUAAUGACAGAAGACGACUUUCAAAAGAUAAUCAAAGCCAUCAGUGAAUCUGGCCUCAGAGAUAGCCUGACAAAGCUCAGAACCUCGAUGAUGAAUAUUGAAGAGGAAUUUAUCAAAGGGAUGAUGGAGGAAUAUGAUCUGGAAAAUAUAGAAUUAAUCCAAGUUAUUAAGAAAUAAAUAGUCCUAUUAUUCAAUCA